GCCACAGCCGAGAGCUGCAAGACUGACACCGGCUACAUCGGAGUCACGAUGCACGGCGACUACUCCGAUCACUACGAGCGCUUGUUGGACCCCUUCGGGCAGGCUUGCGAGGCCAGCGAGACGUUUGAGCCCGCCCCAGGCGACUCGUUCGCAUACCUGGACACUUCCGAAGGCGCCUGGUACCGCGCGCGUCGACUCUCACAAAAACACGCCGCCCUACUCGACGCGGCCAAAAUCGUGGCUCUCACGCCAGGGGACAAGUGCCGACGGCUACCGAAAGACUUCGCUGCCAUACCCGAGUUCUGCGCUCACUUGAAGACUGACAAGGCACAGCUCAAAGACCAAGUGCAAUGCACGGUAGUCUCCAAAUCUGGUGACAUUCUCAACGUGUCCCUCGUGAACCUUGAGACUGGUGCGACACUCGGAACUGGCACCGUGCAGCGCUGGCUGCCGCGAGUGGACACGCCAGCUCCUGCUCCUGUUGCUGUCACUCCUGUCACUCCUGCUGCUGCACCUGCUGCCACUCCUGCAGCUGCUGCUCCGGCUGCACAGGCUAGUGGUGAGUGCACACAGCUGGGAGACCAACACACUAUUGACUAUAAUGGCCAAUAG